GAAGUACUCCCGCCACUUCUGUCCUUUCACGUCUCAUUCUCCUUCAUGUAGUACCUAGGAAUCCUCUAGAUGUGUCAUAAGCAUUGUCAGUAAUGUCUCUUUUGAGGUUUGUCAUGUUUCUUCUGCAAAGUCUCUCUCUCCACUUGCCUUCACAUUCUCUCCUUCACUUCCAUUGCAAUUCUGUCUCUUCCUCCGCAAAAAGCCUGAAAGAGUUUGUAGUUACAGGAUUUGCACUUCUGCAGAUGCGUUGCCAAACACGGCCUCUGUACCAUACUAUGAGACGUCACCAUCAUCCCCCUCAUCUUGACUCACUCUUCUGGCUUCGAGUCAUGCUAGGCAUGAUGUCUAAAUGCUUAUUUGUGAGGCUCUCCAUAGUGCUGGUAAUGCCCACAUCUCUGAGCUGACGCCUUCUGCUCUUCUGUUCUUGAAAUCCUCUGCUCUGCCAAGGCCAAAGGUUUCAGUUUUCUCUCCAGCUGCUCUGCUUAGGAUUAGCAGUGACAUUAAAAACUAGUAUGAAUGUAAAACAAUUUUAGAAAAAUGUUAACUUGGCAAUGGGAUGAGAGGAGCUGAGCAGUAGGGGAGAGGAAGGGAGUGAUGACGCUCGGAGCCUUGCAGAGUACUGGCUUUGCUAGCUGUCAUGGGAAGUGUGGCUGUGGACAUCUCAGGGUUCGGUGUGCAGUUGAGGUGUCCCUGCAGUAGGUGACUGUUCAGAUGGACUUUGUGACAGCAAUGAUGUAAACUUGGGUGGGACAGCCUAAGUUAUGGUUACCUUAGCACUUCGCUACCUUAACUGAUAAUUUCCCCUCAACCUCCAGCAAAAGUAUUUUUCUAAUUGUGUUGUAAGGAUUGCUCAAUCCCACUUCUGAGCGACAGCAGCUUUUACUUUGUUUUAUUUUUAGAACAUUUAUGUUAGGAAAUAAAAUAUUGCUUCCUCCUCAGGAGCGUCUAGAGGAUCUGAAAGGAAGAGGUCCACAUGAUGCCAAGGGAUUUAGAUUCUUUGGAGAUAAGCAGUGCAGAACAGGAGCAAAUGCAGGCAAAGAGCAGAGCUUUCAAGUCAAACUUGAGUAAUUUCCAGAUUUCUGGACUCCCUGCCUGGCAACCCAAGCAUCAUAUUGGGCUUCUGUCCAAGAGCUUUGGAUAGAACAUUACUUGGGGUGCAAAGUCAAGUGCUCCAGUGCUGAGGAACAUCCUUAUAGCCUCAGUUCAACUUCUUUUGGACAUGUAGCAUAGACUCAUAGAAUGGUUUGGGUCAGAGUGGACCUUAAAGAUCAUUUAGUUCAAACUGAUUGCGUACUUCCUUCCUCCAGGAGCCCAGGAAUGGGUAGCGCAAAAGUGGUGCUGCUGUUGGGAUUUUGUCUGUUGCCUAUUCUAACUUGCAUCUUUUGAGCUUGUCUGCAGGAAUGGCAAGAGAGAUAAAUGUGUGCCUCAGAGCAGGAAAUGGGACUCAGUCAGGGGGACUGUAAGCUUUAGGUACUGAUCCACCUUCAGGACCCACACAAUGGAGGCUGGCUCUGUGGUACGAGCAGUCUUUGAUUUCUGUCCCAGCGUCUCUGAAGAGCUGCCCCUCUUCGUGGGAGAUGUCAUCGAGGUGCUGGAUGUGGUGGAUGAGUUCUGGCUCCUUGGCAAAAAGGAAGGUGUUACAGGGCAGUUUCCUAGCAGCUUUGUGGAACCUGUGGAUAUUCCCCCUUUGAAGCAAGGAGAAAAACUGUUUGUUUGUACCAGUGACUUCACGUCUCAAGAACCAGGGAGCUUGUCAUUACAGAGAGGAGACUUGGUGAUCCUGGGGGGGUCCCUGGCCUCCAGCUGGCUCCAGGGCCGAAGCAGCUGGGGUUCCAAGGGCUUUUUCCCUUCAUCAUGUGUACGGGAACUAUGCCUUUCAGUUCGGAGCCGUCAGCUAUCACAGAGUGCUCUCCUGGAGGUACCUGCCUACUCACUGGGCCAAGCCCGGGCCCUGAUGGACCUGUCUGCUCAGCUGGAAGAAGAACUGGACUUCAGGGAAGGGGAUGUGAUCAACAUUGUUGGCAUCCCAGAGCCUGGAUGGUUUGAGGGGGAGCUCAGAGGCCGCAGAGGUAUCUUUCCAGAAGGUUUUGUGGAACUCCUUACCCCUCUGCGAGCAUCAGGAAUCUCAGAGGAUUCAGAGCCGCCAGGGACCUGUGACACCAAUGGGACAGUGGAAAUGCCCCCCAAGGAGAAGGAGGAGCCAGGGAGCACCUAUGGUGUUGCUCUCUAUCGGUUCCAAGCCCUGGAGUCUAAGGAACUGGAUUUUGAUGUGGGUGACAGGAUUCGGAUCAUAGGCGUUCUGGAGGAUGGAUGGCUGGAGGGGGAUCUGAGGGGGAAACGCGGCAUCUUUCCACACAGAUUUGUGAGGCUGGAAGCCUCUAAGCCUUGCAGGGAAAAGGCAGGUGCUGGGGACCCCCAGGGCAGAGGCAUCCAUCAAGACCAAGAAAGCACCUGCUUUGAAACUCUUACUUUGCCAGGGAAAGAUAGCAGGGAAAAGGAAGAUGGGUUGGCUGCACACCCUGAGCCUCACACCAUAUUGUCUCACACAUCAGAGAGGUCAGAGGGUCCUCUUGGCACUGACUUGAAGCAGCAUCAGUCGUUUUCCAGCACAGGACACCAAGGAUCAUGUCCCAAAGGCCCAGCAAACUCCCUCCCCUUUGACCGCAUGAAGACAAUCAAUGGUCUCCUCCCCUCUGCUCAGCUGCCUCUCCAUCUGGGCAAUGGGUCUGGCCAAGCAAGUGAGUUAGAGCCUAGGGGGACCAUUUCAGCCUCCCCAGGAAACUCAGAAACUCGCGCCUUGCCUGAGCAUGAUGGAGACAGUCCAGCUGUGCGCCCACAGGCUCUCCACACCACGCAAGAUCCUUAUGAGAGCCAGGCAAUUUCUUCCCCUAAAAGCUGGGCAGCAUCUGAGUCCCAGGAGAGCCAGAUCAAUGCCCGGGACCUGGAUGGGUGGUUGGAGGGUCAACAGGAGAAGUCCAAACCUUGUUCCUCCAGUCUGGGAGGUGGCCCGGUGGGCACGGACACAUGGGCUGGGAGUUGGGGGGAAUGCUGCCCACUCACAGUGCAGGGGGAUGGCUGCAUGGACCUUGACUCCAAACUGACAGAGCAGCUGGUGCAGUUUGAGAAAAGUCUGUCAAGUACCGGCACUGAGCAGGACAAGGUCUCCCGACACUUCUCUAUCUUGGACUACAGCUCUGAGAAGGACAUUGUCCGUGGGUCUCCUGGGUGUACCCCCCAUGCCAGGCAGCCAGAAAAGAGGAAGGCCCUGAGGCCACCCCCUCCUCGGCCCAGCAACCUUGCGACAACCCCUGUGCACACACCAAGUGGCCCGGUGCCCAAAGGCAGGUCUCUGUCCUUCUCGGUGAAGCCCUCCCGGCCUGCACCCCGGCCUCCAUCAAGCAACCAGAGGAAAAACGUGGCCCCUCCACAGCUUCAGCCCAGCACCCAGGAGCAGCGGGUGGAGGAGGGAUAUGAGGACUUGACACAGGCAGAAUCAGCUUCCCCUCACUCCAUUCUGCUCACGAGGAUUGGAGAGGUGGAGCGAGACCUGGAGGCUUAUGGCAAGACCCGCACUGAACUAAGCCUGAUGUUGGAGGAGCAGCAGGAUGAGCUGGUGAGAGUAGAGGCCCUGGCAAAUCUUGAUUUCUGUGACUCUAACAUCGAGAGCCUGAGCGUGGAGCUGCAGGAGCUGCGAGAGAUGACUCUCCUGUCCUCUCAGACACCAACCCUGGAGACAUCCUCGGCUGCCACUGAGAGCCCAGAGCAAAGGAUGCUGGAGAAGAGGUCCAAGGUUAUUGAGGAACUGCUCCAGACAGAACGGGACUAUAUCAGAGACCUGGAGAUGUGCGUAGAGAGGAUCAUGGUGCCCCUGCAGCAGACGCAGAUGCAGAACAUAGACUUUGAGGGUCUUUUUGGAAACAUCCACAUGGUAAUUACCUUCUCCAAGCAGCUGCUAUCCACCUUGGAGGCUUCAGAUGCUAUCGGGCCAGUGUUCCUGGCACAGCGUGCAGAGCUGGAGAGUGUCUACAAGGUGUAUUGCCAGAACCAUGAUGAGGCUAUCGCACUACUGGAAACCUACGAGAAGGAUGAGAAGAUACAGAAACUACUCCUGGACCUGCUGGAUAGCCUCAGGAGCCUGUACAGUGAGUGGGGCUGUACAAACUACAUUAACCUGGGCUCCUUCCUCAUCAAGCCAGUGCAAAGGGUGAUGCGGUACCCACUGCUGCUGAUGGAGCUGCUGAGUGCCACCCCUGAGGCUCACCCUGACAAGGCACCGCUCACAGCUGCUCUCCUUGCAGUCAAAGAAAUCAACGUCAACAUCAAUGAAUACAAGCGCCGGAAGGACCUAGUGCUAAAGUACCGGAAAGGGGAUGAGGAUAGCCUCAUGGAGAAGAUCUCUAAGCUUAACUUCCACUCUAUCAUCAAGAAAUCCAACCGUGUGAGCAGCCACCUCAAGCACCUCACAGGCUUUGCACCCCAGCUGAAAGAUGAAGCCUUUGAGGAGACAGAGAAAAAUUUCCGGAUGCAAGAGCGGCUGAUUAAGUCCUUCAUCCGAGACCUUUCCCUCUACCUGCAGCAUGUCCGAGAGUCAGCCUGCAUGAAAGCACUGGCAGCAGUGAGCAUGUGGGACCUGUGCACUGAGAAGGGCGGUGGGGACUUGGAGCAGUUCCAGAAAGUGAAUCGGCUCAUCAGUGACCAGCUCUUCUCCAGUUUCAAAGAGCGGACGGAGCGGCUGGUGAUCUCGCCCCUGAACCAGCUGCUGAGCAUGUUCAUGGGGCCCCACAAGCUGGUGCAGAAACGCUUCGACAAGCUCCUUGAUUUCCACAACUGCACGGAGCGAGCAGAGAAGCUGAAGGACAAGCGAACACUAGAGGAACUGCAGUCAGCCCGCAACAACUACGAGGCCCUCAAUGCCCAGCUGCUGGAUGAGCUGCCCAAGUUCCUGCGCUUUGCCAAGGAGUUGUUUGCCAGCUGCGUGCGGGGCUAUGCCGAGGUGCACUGUGACUUUGUGCGCCUGGCCCUGGAGGAGCUGAGACCUCUGUUGUCGUUGCUGAAGAUGUCCAGCAGGGAGGGGAAUCUCAUUGCCAUCUUCCAGGAUGAGCAUAGUCGAGUCCUCCAGCAGCUCCAGGCCUUCACCUUCUUCCCAGAGUCCCAAGCAAUUCCCAAAAAGCCUUUUGAAAGGAAGACUGUGGAGCGGCAGUCUGCCAGGCGGCAGCCUCUUGUAGGCUUGCCAAGCUACCUCCUGCAGUCAGAUGACAUCCGAGCUGCCCUCCUGGCCCGCUAUCCCCCCGACAGUCUCUUCCAAGCAGACCGCAACUUCAAUGCUGCCCAAGACCUGGAUGUCUCGCUGCUGGAAGGAGACAUUGUGGGUGUCAUCAAGAAGAAGGACCCCAUGGGCAGCCAGAAUCGCUGGCUCAUAGACAAUGGGGUGACCAAGGGCUUUGUGUACAGCUCCUUUCUGAAGCCCUACAACCCGCGCCGCAGCCAGUCGGAUGUCUCUGUGGCCAGCCACUCUUCCAAUGAGUCAGAGCACAGCAGCUCCUCUCCCCACAGCAACACCACGCUGACCUUCAGUCCCAGCGGAGCAGCUGUAACCUUCACUCAGAAACCCCCGCAGGACUCAGCCUCCCCGGCAGACCCAUACCAGUCCCCACAGCCCCCCUCGGAGACAGACUCCCCCUCUCUGCCCCAGCUUGGGUCUGGUGACAGGACAGCCCCAGUGGAGGCUGGUACAGUGACAUCUCAGUGCCGCUACAGCCGCCCUGAGCUGGGCUGCAGCCCCAGCUCUCGCAACGGGCACCCUGCCAAAGCACAUCUCAGGCCCAAACCCUCCGUGGAGGACAGAGACUCUGGGCUGGAGAGCAGCGAGUCGGAGGGCAACCAGGUCUAUUAUGCUCUGUACACCUUCAAAGGCCGAAACACCAACGAGCUGAGUGUGUCGGCUAACCAAAGACUCAGGAUCUUGCAGUUUGAGGACAUCACGGGCAAUCAGGAGUGGUGGCUGGCUGAGGCACAUGGGAAGCAGGGCUACGUGCCCUCCAGUUACAUCCGGAAGACAGAGUACACGUGAGGCAGCGGUCAGGAGCCUGCACCCCGUGCCUUAUUCCUGCGGGGACUGCCAGGGGCCCUGGGGAGGCUGGCCAGCUCUGCAGCCCCCAGUGCUCGCCCCAGGCUACGUUCUUCACAGUCAUGCAGCAGUCCUGGUCCCCACUACGUUGACUGCCACUGGGAGGAGGAUAGGUGGCCUGGCAGGACACAGGAACAGGCAGCUUGUGUGAGGGCACAGGCGAGUUCACCUGUGCUGUUUGAGCCUUCUAUGUCCAGCCACAAGCAGGGAGCAAAGCCUGGGGCCAUGGCCCGGGAGCGUAAGGCUUGACUAAAGCUGAGGAGCCGCUGUGGGUUUAAAUUGUGGAAGGCUAAUGCUGAGUUUCUGGCGUAUAUCAUUAGCUGAGUAGUGUUAAAAGCAACCCAGGCCCUAUGAAAUUGUUCCCUGUGCCUUCUCAGCAGCAGAAGCCUGAUCCCACCUGGAUAUCUACACACUACCUGCGGAAGCAGCUCUGAGCUUCACUGGGAGUAGUUGAGUUCCAGGGAUGGGAUGGGCCCGACCUCUGAAAGCUCCCACAGCAGGGCACCUACUGGGUGCCUCAUCGCUGUGCUUGGUCUUACAAGGGCUAGGGCUUUUCCAAGCUAUGCUACUAGUAGCCAUCAGGUUCUCAUCUUCCAGGUGAGCCAGUGGCCUGAAAUGCCCUCUUCUCUUAGCAGCACAAUAUCUCCAGUGCCCAAGACCCAUCUUUACACUGACAUCCUCACCUUGCUUUUGGGCUGGGAUAGGGCAGAAGGCAAAGCACAAGCUGUCCUCCAGCCUGGUUUUGGUGAGAGGGGUUGAGAGAGGCUCUGACCAAGAUUGUGUCACCUGUGUUUUCCUGCGGGGCACCAGAGACAGUGCUCACAUUCUGGGAGAGCAAGGCCUGCCCUGGGAGGGAUGUGGUACCCUUUGCUGGGGUGGUGUCUUACCUGCUGCCGCCAUGCCCUGAAGGAGAGAAGCUCCCUUUUCUUGGCACAAUGUUUGUAUCCUGUGUACUGCUGCUCUGUAAAUAAAGA